AUGACUACUGGACAAAUGCAGAAAAGAUCAACAAUGUUCUUUGAACAUUGUGAUUCACCAAUCAAUAUCUAUAGAAAUUUUAACAAGAAUCUGCCAACAUUGAAGAAUGAGGCAACUAGAAAACUAAAUAAAAAAAACAUAUUAAGUAUAGAUGACAUGGAUAUGAUUUCAUUAAAAACUGACUUUGAUAAACAAAUGGUUUUGGGAUCCCCUAUGUACUUGGAAUCAGAUGAAGAAAUUGAAAUAACCAAGGAAUAUAAUAAUAACCUUGCCUUUGAUUUACAAUUUUGUAAUGAUAAUAAUACAAAUAUUGAUAAUUGUUGUCAGAAGGUAGUCCCAACUAAUUCAAAGCAUUUUUGUUUUAAGGGGAUUAAAAAUUGUAAAAACCCCGUCUUACAAUUAACAUCAAUAAGAAGAAAAUAUAUUACAUCUUCUUUUCAAGAUAAUAAAUUGAAUGCAAAAUAUAAUAUAGAUACUUGGUUACUCUAUCCUAAACCAUUACCGAAAUUUUGGAAGUUUGAAAAGGACGAUAGAUUUAAAAGGCAGAAUUCGGAAUUAGACUUUCUUAAUACUUCAGAAUAUCUUAUUCAUAAAAAACCAGGAAUAAGAGACAUAUCUUAUACAGGUAAAUAUUUUGAUAUCAAUCAAUAUCAAGAGGAAUUUUCUAAAUUUAGAGAAUUAAGGGAAAAAGAUUGUACUUUUAUCAAAAAUGAUUGCAGAAAGAUUCCAAAUUUUACAGAAUUCAGGAAGGAUUUCGAAUAUGUUAUUGGAAUAAUUCAGAAUCAUAAUAUUAAUUCAAUGUCAGAAAAAAGAUUAUCAUAUUUACUUAAUAAAUUUGAUUUAUUUCAACAUUUAAAAUCCAAUUCUGAAGUUCUGGAGAAUAAACAAGUCCCAUAUAGAGAUUUUUAUAAUUCAAGGAAAGUAGAUCAAGAUCUAUUACUAAGUGGAAUCAUAUCUCAAAGACAGCUUAGUGAGUUUAUAUGGAAUAAAAUCAAUUAUGAAGCAGAUAAAAUAGUAUAUUGUACUUCAAACAAUGAAAAACUAACUGUCAAAGAUUUCUUCCAAUUUGGUAAAGAAAAUGGUGAAAAAACAUUAGAUAUUGGAUUAAAACUAAUUGAUGAUGAGUUUUUAGAUUGGUAUAAAAACAUUUACCUAGUAACAUAUCACAUAAUACAACUGCCCCUCAAACAAAUCGAAAACAUUUUAACUGGGAAACAAUUUAGAUACUUUUUGAUAGCUAAUACUUUUUUGGAAUUUGAUAACUAUAUCGAAGGUCAAUACUUAGCAGAAAUUUUAAUUAAAUAUUCCAUUCACCCAUUAGAAAAGUCUAAAUAUCAAUUAGUUCAAAUCUCUAUUGAUUAUCAAUUUAUGAACAAAAAUGAUAACUGUAAUAGUAAUUGGUGGGUUAAAUUUGCUAAAUGGGUUGUUAAAUGGAAAUUAAUUUCGCAUAAUAUUCGUUGGAAUAUACGUAUUUCAAGAGUAUUCUCAAAUUUAUUUAAAUAUAAAAUGGUACGUAACUUUGAAGAAUACUUUGAUUUGUUUUUUGAACCUCUUAUUAGUGAACAAAAUAACAUUAAUUUGCAAUACUGUUUAAGCACUGUAUGUUCGUUCGAUAUUGUAAUUAGCCAAUCCGAUGAAUAUUUAUGGAAUGAGUUCCCUGAUAUCAAUUUAUCACCUAAGGAAUGGAUUGCCAAUGGUGAUAACCCUACUAUAUCACAUUAUAUGUACUAUUUCUAUGUCAGAUUAAGUGCAUUCAAUCAAAUGAGGUAUGAAAAGAACCUGAAUACCAUUACAUUGAGAAGCUACUGUUCUCCAACUGCAUCUACAAGAAGUUCACAAUUUAGUAUUCAUGAUAACUUUUUUACUGAAAGUAUUGAGUCAUUAGUGUGUAAUCUUUUGUUGUGUAAUGGUGGACUUUUAAGAGGAGAAGGUCUUUGGCUAGCACCUGCAACAUUAGAAUAUUUAUUUUAUUUGUUUCAGAUUCCAAUUAUAGCAGCACCACUGUCAUCCAUUUCUUUGCACUCCUCAUUGAUUCAACAUCCAAUAUCAGAAACAUUUUAUUAUUCUAAUGUGAAUAAUAGUAGAAAUAAAAAUAACAUUAACCACUCUAGAGAUGUAACAGUUGAAGAACAGACAUCUUACAGAAAUAAUCCAUUUAUGAAUUUAGUCAAAAUUGGGUUUAAAGUAUCAAUAUCUUCAAAAUCAAUUUUAUUUAAUUCUUCCUAUACACUCGAACCAUUAAUUGAAGAGUAUAGUGUUGCUGCUAGUAUAUAUUUAUUAAAUGCAGCAGAUCUUUGUGAAUUAGCUAGAAAUUCAGUUUUAUGCUCUGGUUAUGAAGGAUUUUACAAGGCACAUUGGACUGGAGUUCUUAGUAUGGCGCUUGAUAAUUCGCCAAUAUCUGAAAUGAUUGGUUUAACAGAUAUUUGGUAUGAUAAAAGAGAAGACACAAGAAUCAAACAUAAUGUGCCAAAUAUAAGACGCAAAUAUAGAAUUGAUACUCUUAAUCAGGAAUGGGACUUUAUUGAUUCUCGUUUUGUUUAA